AUGGCUAAGGCUCCCCAGACCAAGGGGGCGUUCCUCCCCACUGAAAUCGUCAUCACCAUCCUCUCCUUCGCCUCGGACGAGGAUACGGUGAAUGAAAACUGGCAGUCGACGCUGUUUUCAUGCUGCUUGGUCUGUCAGCAAUGGUACUCCGCCGCCAUUCCGUUUCUCUACUCAAAACCAGUCAUCUCUGCGAGAAACUACGACUCCUUUGCUGGAACACUAGAUGUCCGUGGCAAAACCAGGCAUAACAUACAAGAACCUCUGGGCAACUUUGUUAAGCAUCUUGAUUUAGGGGGCCUUGCACAUAGUGGUAGCAAGAGUGUCACUGCAAGGCUGCUACGAGCCUGUAAAGAAGAGCUCGAGGUCUUCGUUGCGCCUGCGUCUACCUUUUCUUUAACUCCCAUGAGCAAAUGCUUAAACCUGAGGAUAGUUGAUCUAUCUGUUUUAAUGACGAUAGUCCCUUUUCUGAGUAUACCACAUGCUGUACGCAAUCUAAAGCAUCUGGAGACCUUACGGUUCCCACCAGAGAUGUCCCACAAGGGAUUGCCGAAAGUAAAUGACCCUCAUAACGAAAGGUCUCCCCCACUAUAUCAAUGGCCGCCUAAGUUGAAACGGCUACAGCUAUGGAGGGUACAUGACUCCAUUAUCCUGGGAAACUUCAUAUGGCCGGAAACAGUUACCGCUGUGACCAUCAUAGAAUCCAACCAUUACCCUUUCAACACUAUCCUCCAAACUCUAUCCACCGACAGCGCCUGCCAUAGACUUCAGCGCGUUAGGAUAUUGAGCAGUCGCCAAACCGACGAAGUAUCUGUUCUAGCUCCUCUUUGUUUCCAGAUGGAAAAGCUCAAGUUUUUAAGCCUGCAAGGCUGUGGGUGCGAUCCCGGUUUCUAUAGGAGGAUUAUUACCAUGUCUCCCGAGAUGGCUCCUCUGGAAAUACUGGAAAUAAGUCCUCUACCACUCGAACACAAACUACGUGUUGAGUUGGUAAGGGACCUUAAGACGGUUUGCGCAGUUGCCUUUCCACGGGUUCGGUUAUUAGGCAUCGCUGCGUCUUGCAUCGACUAUGUGUCUGAAUGGUUUGAACUCGAGAUGGACAAAGUUCUGAUGGAGAAUGCCAGGAACUCAGGACACUACGAUAAAGAGAAGCUUGAAAAUGGUAGAAUCCAGACGGGUGUCUACUAUUUUUAG